AUGACGGCCGAACCUGCUGCUAAGAAAAUCAAGCUAGAAUUAAGCGAUCCUAGUGAACCGCUCACUCAAUCAGAUGUAAUAGCAUUUCAAAAAGAAGCUUUGUUUAGGUGUAUAAAUCGUAGAAGAGUUGACUUUGAAGCCUUGCGAAAGCAAUAUGAGCUUUCAAGAAGAGAAUGCAUUGAUAUUUCCCGGAAGCUGGCAAAUAUUAUGGCUCUCAUAGUGACUUUAGCUAGGUUUAUCGAAACAUUCUGCACAGACGCCAACGAGAAACAACUGUGCAAGGAGAUAGCCCAAGGUGAUGAGACAUUGAUAGUUCAGCGCAGUGAUUCUUUCAUGAAGCUAUUGACUAAAUAUGGUAAGCCAAACGCCACGGACGAUAAUACAAAUAAUAAUGCUUCAGAUCAUAUUCAAGAAUUAACAACGGAGUUGAAAAACUUGCGGAAGAGUAAAGAGGAGCUCUUUUAUGAAAACUCGCAGUUGACAGAAGAGAUCUCUGCUUUGAAGGAGUAUUAUACCAGCAUAAUUCGUAAGUAUGAUAGAAAUGAAUCCUUUACUAUAAAGCGUGUUUUUAAGGAAGAUAAGACAGAAGCUGCAAAGGAAGUACAGGAAAAUAAAGAUGAGCUUAGUGAAAGGAACACAAAAUCUGAAUAUAAAGACGUUUUUGCAAUUAAUGGUGAUGAUAAAUCCAAAAAGUCCGAGAAAGGUAAUGAACUUCUGCAGGAUGAGGAUAAACAAAAAGAAGAUGCCGAGAGUGAAAAAUUGGAGCUGGACCUGAAAUUUUCUGAUUUGCGAGCUGAAGUAAAUUCCUUGAAGUCCACCAUAAAAGACCUUGAGAAUAUCAGAAAAGAAAAUGAGGAGGAGCUUAUCAAAACACGUUCUGAGAUAUCCGAUUUGAAAAAGCAACAGAUAGCAGAGGCAAGUCACGACCCAGAUUUCAAGUCAUAUGACCACGAAUCCCUGCUAACAAAGAUUCAACAUUUGACCGAACAAAAUGAAGAACUAUCGGAGGUCAAUAGUUCCUUUUUAUCGAAAUUUCAACUUCUGGCCAAAGAGAAGGAAGUAUAUACAAACAAAGUUCGAGAAGAAUUCCAGAAAAGUCUUGAUUCGCUAGUAGAAAUGAACAAUUCAUUGGAAAAAGACGUUGUGAGAAUAAGAACCGCUCGUGAUGACUUACUAAGCAAAAUCGCCAUUUUGGAAGCCGAAAAAUCCAAGACUGAGGUUCUAAGCGAUCUACAACAUGCGAUUGACAUUUUAAAGGAACAAUGGACCAAAAUUGAGCAAAGAUCGAACGACACAAAGUCUUCGUCAACUCAAGAUGCAUUAAUAAAGGAAAUUCAAGAUUUGGAAAAGGGCUUUAAAGAAUUAUCUGACCUCACUCAUAAAAAGUACUCCGAGAUUAUUAACCACGAAUCUGUCAUAUCCAAGCUUACUGUAGAAAAAACUAAAGCGGAUCAAAAAUAUUUUGCCGCGAUGAGAUCCAAAGAUUCAAUUUUAAUCGAGAUCAAGAAUCUUUCUAAAAGCCUCAGUAAAUCGAAUGAGUUGAUUCUACAGUUAAAGGACUCUGAUAGAUUGCUACAACAAAAGAUAGGAAACUUACAUAAACAACUGGAUCUUUCUCAAAAUAAUGAACGAAGGCUGAUUGAUUCCAGUAAAACAGAGACACUAAAAAUAAUUGACUUAAAUAAUACAUCCACUAAAUUGAAAAGGUCACUAGAGAAGUUACAAGAAGAGAGUAACAAAAGCAUUGCAGAUAUGACGCAUCUAGAAACUAAAUUAAAUGAUACAGAAAUUGAAUUGAAGCACUUCAAGCUGAAGGCAUCUCAUCUAGAAGCUAAGUGUGAAAAAUUGCAUAACACAUUGUUCAAUGGUAACAACAAAAAUAAGGGCUCAAGUGACGAAGCGCUCGUGGAAGAAUUAGCAAAUUUCCGUACACUUGUUUAUUGUUCCUUAUGUUCUAAAAAUUGGAAAAAUAUGGCUAUUAAAACUUGUGGCCAUGUCUUUUGUGAGAAUUGUUGUAAAGAACGAUUAGCAGCAAGGAUGAGAAAAUGCCCUACAUGCAAUAAAGCAUUCAGUUCCAAUGAUUUAUUAACAGUGCACUUGUAA